GUGAAACGCUCCUUCGGCCUCUGCAGCCUGCAGCUGACCUACUUUGAUGAAGACAACGAGGAGAUAUCCAUUAACAGUCAAGGGGAAUAUGAGGAAGCACUUAAGAGUGCAACCAGGCAGGGAAAUCGCCUGAACAUGAACGUCUGUGAGAUCAGAGGACACCCAGCCAGGGUCUCAUCCACCAAGGUCACUGGAGCAGAGCCUAAGAAGGGCUUCAGACCCACACAGCACUGCCCCACUCUGACCCAGGCUGUCAGCCGCAAGGUUCAGGCUGUGGUACCAGAACAGAGUAUGUUUAUCAUGAAGGAGGUAAAAGGGGCCAAGGAAGAAGACAAAGUUCCGCCCGCCUGGUUCACUUCAUAUAUGGAAAAGUUUAAAGACCAGGUGGUCCGUGAGGCAGUGGAGAAGAUCUGCCAGGAGUUCUCAGGGCAGUGCUGCAUCCAUAAGCCUCUGGCUGGAGGAGGGGGUGGGGGAGGCAGUAGAGAAGAAACCAUAGGAAGAGCAGAGUCACGGCAGAAUUCUGAGGUGUCUUCUUCAACGCUGCCUGGAGUUCCAACAUCUUUCACUCCGUCUUGUUCCUCAUGCAAAGGGCAGACCUCUGGAGGUGGCUACCAGUGCAGUGUGUGUACUUCCUGUACUCUGUGUGAGCCGUGCAGCUUUUCUCAUGAUCCAAGUCACAACCUGAUGAGAGCCAGGACCCCUCUGUCAAUCCCAGAGCACGGAUCCCCUGCUCCAGACCAAAACAGACUCUACAGACGAGGGGACCACAGUUUCAGAAAAGCAGAGAAGCAGAGGUUAAAGGCGGAGAAGCGCCUGCUGAAGGCRGAGGUCAAAGAAAUCCGGAAACAGCUGAGAAUGGAACGGCGAGGGAUACAGUGGAGUUCCUCCCAAACAGAUGGAGGCACUUCUCCGGUCCUCCUUCAGCCUCAAGCCACCCAACACAACAGCCCUGAACAUCCAAAGCACCCCUCACCUCUUGCAGUUCCAGCCAUGAAAGCUGCUUUUCUGGAUGAGAACCUGCCUGAUGGGACCCGACUACGACCUGGAACCAAGUUUAUCAAAUAUUGGAAAAUGAAGAACACUGGAACAGUCAACUGGACCACUGACACCAAGCUGAAGUUUAUGUGGGGUAACCUGGCAGUGGGAUCUGGGGAACGUUGGAGGGAGGUGUCUGUUCCCUUCCUGCAGCCAGGACAGGUUGGGAUUGUCAGUGUAGCUCUGUGUUCUCCUGCUGCUGAGGGCUCCUACACCUCCCACUGGCGAUUGUCCCAUGAUGGAGAGCAGUUUGGACCCAGAGUGUGGUGCAGCAUCCUGGUGGACCUGCUGGCUCCUGCACCCAUGUUGGCUGAUGGGAUCUUUGUAUCACCCUGUGUCACACCACAGAACCUGGCUGUAAAGGAAGGGAAGGUCCAUGCAGCUUUACUGUCAGAGGACCAAGAAGAGUUCUACAUCCCAUCUGUAGACCUGCUAACUGCCCAGGAUCUUCUGUCGUUUGAGUUGUUGGACAUCAACAUUGUCCAAGAGUUGGAGUGUGUCCCGAACAAUAGCCCUGCUGAAGUGACUCCCUGCAUAUCUCCUCCGACUCAAGAUGGCCAGCUGCUCAACAAGAGUGACCCGUUCAUGGGCCUGACCCAGAAAGAGUCUGARGUCAGUCACAGCAAACUGGGAAAAGUUGAGCAGUCAUGUAAUCAGAGAAUAUCUGAGCCUGAAGUCAAAAAGACAGAGGAAGAACCAGAGGAGGAGAAGGAGGAAGCAGCAGAGAGAACAAAAGAGAGAACAAGAAGUUGCUCCUCCUCCAGUUCUUCUGAGGAUUACAUCAUCAUACUUCCUGACUGUUUUGACACCAGUCGGCCUCUGGGGGACUCCAUGUACAGCUCUGCCUUAUCCCAGCCCGGAGACAUUCCAGUUAAAGCCUCCUCAGACUCAGAGCAGCCUUCUGACAGCAGGGUCAGUGCCAGCUGUGGAGGAGAACUGGGUCAAAUGGAUGAAGCUACAGCUGGUCCCAUCAUGGAGAGUUCAGAACCAAAGGGUCCCGGUGAUAUGCUCCACGCAUCUCAGGUUCUGGCUGAAAAAAUUCCUACACCUGAAGUGGUGGCUAAAGCCGUCAUUACAGCAAGACUCCUGUGGACUCAUCAGACCAUGACACCUUGAUGACCAUGCUUGUAAAGACAGAAUUUAAGGACUGACAGCUGUUGAAAAAUAAACACAACUUACUUGAUGUUGUCAAUGAGCUUGUUCAGAACAUUAAUGAUGAUUUGUACUCCAUACAGUGAUUAAAAGAAACAACAGUUAUGAGGUCAAUGGGGAGAAGGAUGUUUGGAAGAGAGGAAGUUAUUUAUUCUAAUUUUCUUUGUUUUAUUUGGUUGUUUUUUUUCCUUUAAAGUGGAAUUAUCUUUUACAUUGAAUGAGCUUUUUCCAGAUCCUUUACUUGACUAAACUCCUGCAAUGCACCAUGAACCCUCAGCAUUGUUUGUAAUAAUGUCAUUGUACAUGUGGAUAGUGACAGGUUUCUUUGUAUACUACACCAGGAGAAAUGUAGGAAGAGCCCAUCUGAGUCAGAAAAACAUUGUAUGUAGCAAAGUCAGAGCACAUUGUUGUUUUCAAAAUCAAGAAGUGUAAAACUUGAUAAAGUGGUUGGUGUUAYACAUUUGUGAUGAAUAUAGAAGUGUUAGUCACUGACCUGUGAGUGUAUUAAAGCAGAUUCCACUGACUGCAGAUAAAAAACAGCAACUUAAUAAAGAUUCAGAAGGAUGAAACAGCA